GCUCGCAGUGUUAGUGUUGUGUUGUGUGCGCCACACGCUCCUUAGGGGGCGGCUCUUUUGGUGCUCGCGUCAGCUAUGGCGGAGGCUAUGGAUUUGGGCAAAGACCCCAACGGGCCCACCCAUUCCUCGACUCUGUUCGUGAGGGAGGACGGCAGCUCCAUGUCCUUCUACGUGCGUCCCAGCCCGGCGAAGCGCCGGCUCUCGACGCUCAUCCUGCACGGCGGCGGCACCCUGUGCCGGGUGCAGGAGCCCGGGGCCGUGCUGCUGGCCCAGCCCGGGGAGGCGCUGGCCGAGGCCUCGGGCGACUUCAUCUCCACGCAGUACAUCCUGGACUGCGUGGAGCGCAACGAGAGGCUCGAGCUGGAGCCCUACCGGCUGGGCCCAGCCCCUGCGGCCGACCAAGCUCCAGAGACGAAGCCCGGGGCCGAGGGCGCCGCCCCCGGCCCGGAGCCCGAGCCGCAGCCGCACACGGGCCGGAUCGUGUUCACGGACUCGGACGACUUGGCCAUCUUGACAUACGUGAAGGAAAACGCCCGCUCGCCCAGCUCCGUCACCGGCAACGCGCUGUGGAAAGCGCUGGAGAAGAGCGCGCUCACCCAGCACUCGUGGCAGUCCCUGAAGGACCGCUACCUCAAGCGCCUGCGGGGCCAGGAGCAUAAGUACCUGCUGGGGGACGCCCCCGUGAGCCCCUCCUCCCAGAAACUCAAGCGGAAGGCCGAGCAAGACCCCGAGGCCGCCGACAGCGGGGAACCACAGAAUAAGAGAACUCCAGACUUGCCUGAAGAAGAAUUUGUAAAGGAAGAGAUCCAGGAGAAUGAAGAAGCAGUCAAAAAGAUGCUUGUAGAAGCCACUCAAGAGUUUGAGGAGAUCGCGGUGGAUGAGAGCCCUGAUUUUGAAAUACACAUAACAAUGUGUGAUGAUGAUCCACCCACACCCGAGGAAGACUCAGAAACACAGCCUGAUGAGGAGGAGGAGGAAGAAGAAGAAGCAAAAGUUUCUCCAUCAGAGGUGGGAGCUGCCAUUAAGAUCAUCCGGCAGUUAAUGGAAAAGUUUAACUUGGAUCUGUCAACAGUUACACAGGCCUUCCUAAAAAAUAGUGGUGAGCUGGAGGCUACUUGCUCGUUUUUAGAGUCUGGUCAGAGGGCUGAUGGGUAUCCCAUUUGGUCCCGACAGGAUGACUUAGAUUUACAAAAAGAUGAUGAGGCUGCCCGAGAUGCACUGGUCAAAAAAUUUGGUGCUCAGAAUGUAGCUCGAAGGAUUGAAUUCCGGAAGAAAUAAUUGGCAAGAUAAUGUGCAAAGAAAAAGGGUGUGGCAGAGUAGAUGGUUAAAAAAAGAUUUGUGACUGUUGAACUUUAGAGAUUCUUACAUUGGAACUGACACUUGUCUUUUGACCAAUAUUGUCAUUGCUCUUUGAGUCCUAGAUUUUGUAGCCAAGCAGAGUUGUGUAGGAGGAUAAAAAUAAAGGAAAUUGGAUAUAUUUAGAGCUGUCCUUGGCAGUAUCAGUGUGUUUAUGAAAGGAAAAUCUAAACUAGAGAGAGCUUGGUCUACAUAGUAGUAAUCUUUUUCUGGAAUGGAACCCUUGCUAUAUUGGUGACAGGAGCUAGUGACAAAGUCAAAGGAGGAAAAUUAGGAGGCAGAUCUUUUCAGGCAGCAUGAAUAAAGAGCCUCCUAUCUUUUGGCAGCAGCUCCUCUAGAUUGUGAUAGAUUCCAAAUCAAGAAUCUAGACAUACGGAAAGAUUUCAUCACAAGGCCUUGAACUAUCCCAAACCCUGGUAUCCCCUAUUGAGCUCUGAUUUCUAGACUGCUUUGAAAACUUCAUAUUCCCUUUGUUACCUUAAUAUUUGGGGACCCUGCUUUUGCCUGUUUUUUUUUCUUCGAGUCCUUGUCAGUCAUGUCUCUAGCAUGUGUUUCUUUACUUACCACCCAGUUUGUUUAAAAUACACAAACCCUAGAGAGUCUGAAGAACAGUUCUACUUGGUUACUAGUAAUGUGUUUUUAUUUAUCGAGGAUAGUUUUGUGCUAAAGACCGUGUUAGAUUUAAACAUUAGUGGAUUUAAUUCCUCUUUGUUGUGUUGCUUUCAUUAUUGAAAAUAAAUAGAACUUUGUAUU